AUGGAAGGAACAAAGUUCAAUCGUAACAAUAAGUUUAUGUUUGAAAAAGAAGAAGAAGCUAGCUUAUCUGGAUUAGGCAAAUUAAGAGCAACUGCAGUUUCUAUGCGCGUCCAUGGAGAAGUUGCGCCAGAGUUUGGUAUGGGAACUAUUGCUAGGUAA